ACGAUGUGCUGACGUGGCUCUCAUCAGCAGCACACUGUGGAAACCCGUGGGAGACAGAGAGAGCACGGAGUGAAGAUCUGUCCUGCGGCACUGCAGUCACUCUCACCGGCGGAAUAUCAGUCAUUUAGAGGCUCAAUGAUGGAGGUUCCACGCGUGGGACACAGUGUCAGCAGCCCCACGAGCCCGUGCGAGGACAUGAUGAAGAAUCUCAGUCUGGACGCCAUUCAGCUUUGUGAGAGAGAAGGAAAUAAGUCCCUGGACAGUGGCAUUGCCGAGAUGGAGGAUCUCCCUGUUCCCCAGAACAUCAAAAUCAGCAACAUCACAUGCGACUCCUUUAAAAUCUGCUGGGAUAUGGACUCCAGGUCAAAGGAACGGAUCACACACUACUUCAUCGACCUCAACAAGAAAGAAACCAAGAAUGCCAACAAGUUCAAACACAAGGACGUCCCCACUAAAUUGGUAGCGAAAGCAGUCCCUUUGCCCAUGACUGUGCGAGGACACUGGUUCCUGAGUCCACGCACUGAAUACACUGUGGCCGUUCAGACCGCGUCCAAACAGGGUGAUGGCGACUACGCCGUGUCAGAAUGGAGCGAGAUCAUUGAAUUCUGUACAGGCGAUUAUUCCACUGUUCAUCUCACACAGUUGAUGGAGAAAGCAGAGGUCAUCGCUGGCAGAAUGCUACGGUUCUCAGUCUUUUAUCGAAACCAACACAAAGAGUACUUUGACCAUGCAAGGGAGGCCCAAAAUAACAAGAUGUUGCUGUCAGUGAAGGACAACAGCGGCAGCCAUGGUUCGCCUAUCAGCGGGAAGCUCGAGGGCAUCUUCUUCAGCUGCAACACUGAAUUCAACACGGGCAAACCACCACAGGACUCACCGUACGGCCGUUACCGCUUCCAGCUGCCAGCCGAGGAGCUCUUCAGUCCCAAGACAAACCUUUAUUUUGCCGACUUCUACUGCAUGUACACGGCCUAUCACUAUGUCAUUCUGGUGAUCGCUCCGAAGGGCUCGUCUGGAGACGAGUUCUGCAAGCAGCGCCUACCUGCGCUGGAUAUCGCCAACAACCACUUUUUGACGUGCUCGGAGGAUGAAGACGGCCGGCUGGUGUUCCACCACGCACAGGACCUUAUCCUGGAGGUCAUCUACACCGACCCCGUGGAUCUGAGCCUGGGCACGGUAGCGGAGAUCAGCGGCCACCUCAUGAGCCUCUCCACAGUCAACGCCAAGAAGGAUCCCAGCUGUAAGACCUGCAACAUCAGCGUGGGACGCUAACCUACGACUCGGAACUCUUCUGCUGCCUUGAACAGCACAGAAAAUAGCCUUCUCCUUUAGCCGUCCUCCUUACCCAUUAUCAAACUUAUCCAUAAUUCCUGUUGGUGUCUGUAAGGCUCCUCGGCAGCAUGUGUCUCACAGCUUUUGACAAAAUGCUCUUUUUCGUUUACUAGAUUAUGGAUCUCGACCCGGGGUUGGGUUAGAUAUGUCGUGCUCCUAUUUUGGUAUUGGGAUGUUGACUUAAUCACCCCUGUCAAUCAAACUGCUUCUUUAAUCCUACUGGCUGUCACACCUUCCUGUUAGAACGCCGCAUUGUAACAGUUUACCAAAGUUUACACAAAUUUAACACCAGAUGCUCAUCAAGUCACUGAAAUCGGUGAAUCGAGACAACCGAUCUUAUAAGGCAUUAUGAAUGUGGUGAUAUCAAGUGAGAUAUCUCAAAAAAUGUGUGAUUGGACGUAUCUGUAGCAUGACUGCAAACAUUUUUGGAAACGUUGACAUUAGCAUUACUGUUCUUCGGCAGUGUUUCAUGUUCUCCAUUCUAACCCAUCCAGUAUACUGUGAUUUAACAUAUAAUAAAUGUGAUACGACAUGUAGAUAGAAAAAUAUUUAUUUUUUAACCGGUGAAUAGAAAAUGGACAGAACCAGAAGUGCACAAUACAGAGGAUUUUGUUGAUGGAAAAGAAAAGGGUCACGAUAAAGCAAAUAUAUAUAUAUAGAUAAUUAUAUAUAUACAUGUUUACUGUAUAAACCAAUGUAGAAUUACGUGCACAAUAGCUAACAUUCAAAAGCUACAUUUGUCAUUGUGGAUGUGUACAGCAAAUAAAUUCUGGGGCGACGAUAACAUGACAGAAUAACCACACCUGAUUGUUGCACAAUUCAACAGUUUACGCUGGUUGGCAUGCAAAGACACUACACAAAGAUUGUAAUAGUUCAUUGCAGUAUAUCCAUCGGAAAGGAAAGAUAUCGAGUGUUUCGUUUCCAGAGAGUAGCUACUUGAGCAGAAUUGCACUUAAAGCGCACAUCCGCUUCUCAUGAACAUAUCUCCUGCUUUGGGCUUCAGUAUUGUUUAUAGUGUACGACGUUAUUGGACAGUAUUCAUAUUAACCACUGGUUUAAUGUUUAAUUUGUAUAGGAGGAAAACUGUGCUCUGUGAUGGCCACGUACUAUACUUUAACACGUUUUUGAACAAAAUAGAUCUUUUAAAAUACUUUUAAAUUGUAUGAAGUAUGUCUCAUUUUGUGCUCCCUUUUUCAUGUGAGAGACAAAUAUAUGAGAAAUAAACAUGGUUGCUGCUGUGUUUAUAUGUUAGUGAACUCACUGAAAUUUGCAUAAAACCCUUAUUUUUAAGUGCUCUGCGUUGUUUUCUAUCUAGAGCGUUGCAUUAUCUGACAGGCUAGAGAUCGUGUCUAGCCCCAGAGAAUCACCGAUCCUCAUUAGUGUGCAUAAUGUCACCAUGUUCCUAAUUAGAAUCAUAAACUAGCUUCAAACAAGAGCAAGAAAACGUGAAAAGUGCAUAUGAUUCGACUUUGGUUAAAAACAAAAAAAAAACGCUUCAAAAAUAAAGUGCCAUAUUCCAUAAACA